UUUAACCACAGCUGUUUCCAUUCAUAAGCCUAGGAAAUCCAAGGAGAGGAAACCUACUCUGACCCCUAGCAGCUUUCCCACUCCAUCCAUGUGACUCCCUCAGGGGAGGGGACCGUGCAGGGCGGGUCUGCAGAGCAAGAAUACAUCACUCUGGCUCUGCACCCCUCCCUCCCUCUGUCCAUUGGGAGGCAGAAGACAGGAAAUGACUGCCAGGGAUGUGGUAGGAUUUUUACUGAAACAGCAGCGUUGUGUGGCUCUGGCCCCAUGCUGCCCACAGCUGUUUUCCUCUCCUGCGGACCAGGUGGCCGUCUCUGCUCCGCCGUGUUCUCCUCCCAUCCCUUCACAUGACUCCAGCUUUUGGAUUCCCUGCUCCUGGCUGCUGUCCACAUUCCACUCGUCUUUCAGAACCCAGGCGUCCUGGCCUCCAGCUCAAACCGCUGCGUGUGCUUCCCCCAUCCCUGGCCCCAUGACUCAGGCCUUCUGAAGGGACCAGCCCUCUUCUUGGCACUUGCAGGGGAGAGAGAGGGGUGGGGGCUAGUUGGUGACAUCAUAAUUGAAGGGUUUAAAAGCUUUAGCCAAAACAGAAUUGAAGAUACAACUUGACAGCGUGCCCUGAUCCUGGUGACCCUUCGACACCAUCCCACAGACGUCCGCUGGCAGAUCGCAGCUGCGCCAAGGCGAACGCACUGACGCCAUGCUGGGCUCGCCCUGCUUUCCGUGGCUUCUCGUCAUGACCUUCCUGGUUCCCAGAGCUCAGUUCUUGGCCCCUCAAGACUCUGAAGAGGAGGGAGAAGAUCAGCCGUCUUUGCCACCCUCACGGGCUGUCUACUGCGACUAUGACCGCUGCCGCCACCUGCAGGUGCCUUGCCAGGAGCUGCAGAAGGCCGGGCCGGUGCCCUGUCUGUGCCCUGGGCUCUCCAGCCCUGACCAGCAGCCCGAGCCACCGCGCCUGGGAGAAGUGCACGUUGUGGCUGAGGAGGGCCGUGCCCUGGUCCACUGGUGUGCACCCUCCUCCCCGGUCCGCCAGUACUGGCUGCUGCUUUGGGAAGGCAGUGGAGAUCCACGGAGGGGACCCAGCCUCAACGCCACAGUCCGCAGAGCAGAACUUGAAGGCCUGAAGCCCGGGGCCACUUACACUGUUUGUGUGGUGGCAUCUAAUGAGGCCGGGGAGAGCCUCAUACCCCGGGAAGGUGGGGAGGAGUCUGAACAAGUGGCCGUCCCUGCUUUCGGGCCCUGCGGCCGGAUCACCGUGCCACCUAGACCUGCUACCCUGGUCCACGUGGCCCUGGGGGUGGGCACGGCCCUGGCCCUGCUGAGCUGUUUUGCACUGGUCUGGCAUUUCUGCUUGCGUGACCGCUGGGGCUGCCCGCGCCGUGGGGCCACCGCCCGAGCCUCAGGGGCGCUGUGAGUGAGGGGUCAGGGGGAUGGCUCCACACAGCCCAGGGCUUCCUGGAACACCGGCCGCACCCUGGAGGAGUUGUGGCUCCACGCCCGGGCGCCUGGGCUACAUCUGUCUCAGUUCUCUGGGCCGGGAUCUUGUUUAGGUCCUGGCUUGUGACUCUGCAGCUGGCGCAAGUUAGGAAGGAGUAGCAGAGAAUCUGCAGAUUUUUUUCUUAAAGGAUCAGAUAAUGAGUGCUCUUCAGGGGCGGCUGUUUGGCCCAGUCAUUAAGACUCAGGACACUGGCGUCCCAUAUCCCAAGCGCCUGGUUCUGGCUAUGCCCUGCUUACCAUCCAGCUUCCUGCUACUGUACCUGGGAGGCAGCAGGUGAUGGCUCCAGUGCUGGGGAGACGGAUGUAGUUCCAGGCUCCUGGCUUUGGCCUGCCCCAGUCCUGGCUGUUGCCGGUGUUUGGUGAGCAAACUAAUAGAAGGUUCUCUGUCUUCCUCUUUCUUUGUUGCUCUGGCUUUCAAGCAGAUGAAAAGAAACAUUUAAAAUAUUCAUUUUAAAAAUGUGAAAACUGUUCUAAGCUCCUGGACCUUACACAUGAGGCACAGUCCUGUAGUGAGCAGGACCCUGCCAUCACCCUGCGAUGGCCCUGCCACUCUGUGUGGCUUCAGUGGAAUUUUGAGAAUAAGCUGCUGCAUUCUCAAAAGAAGAUGCAUAUGAGUUUGGGGCCAGCACCAGAAACAAUCCCCUUCUUCCAUUAUCUUUUAUUUGAGCACUGAUCAGAGGCCAUGGGUCUCUGAGAAGGGCAGAAAAAUUGGCUCACGUUGGGUGCAGAAGAGAGGGGAAGCCCAAGAUGCUCUCUAGCACAGGUCAGCUGUGUUCCUGUGCUUAAAACAAAAAGUGAGGGCCAGCGUUGCGCAGCAGUGAGUAAAGCCUCUGCCUGCAACACCUACAUCCCAUACGGUUGCUGGUUCAAGUCCCAGCUGCUCUGCUUCCAAACCAGCUCCCUGCUAAUGCACCUGGGAAAGUGGCCCCUGCCCAACCCACUUGGGAGAUGCAGAAGAAUCCCCUGGAUCCUGGCUUCAGCCAGUGGACCAGCCUCAGCUGUUGUGGCCUUUUAGGGAGUGAACCAACAGAUGGAAAAAUCUCUGUCUUUUCCUCUGUCUCUGUUGCUCUGCCUUUCAAAUAAAUAAAUAAUUAAAAAAAAAAAACUGUAACAUUAAAGAAUUUCUCCCCUCUGUUUGUAUGUAAUGUAUAUCUACUAGUAACAACAUUAAAAGAAAUUUAG